CAAACUCCUUUCCAAGUUUCUUGUAGUUCAGUCCUUGAACUCGCCAGAACCAAUGGCCAAAAUUGCAAUUGGAAGCAUCGGCGAGGCCUACCAGCCCGAUUGCAUCCGAGCCCUCAUCGUCGAGUUCAUUGUCACUUUCCUUUUCGUCUUUGCUGGUGUCGGAUCAGCCAUGGCUGCCAAUGCGUUAUUGGCAAACGCACUUGUCGGUUUAUUCGCCGUUGCAGUUGCUCAUGCCUUUGUUGUGGCUGUGAUGAUCUCUACUGGCCACAUUUCUGGUGGCCACCUCAACCCUGCUGUUACUCUUGGUCUACUUUUCGGUGGCCACAUCACAGUCGUUCGAUCCGCUCUAUAUUGGAUUGUUCAGUUGCUAGCAGCUUCAGCUGCCAGCUUCUUGUUAACGUACCUCACCGGAGGCUUGGUCACUCCAAUUCAUACGUUAGCAAGUGGGGUUGGGUAUCUUCAGGGAGUGAUAUGGGAGAUUAUUCUGACAUUCUCCUUGCUUUUCACUGUGUAUGGUACAAUUGUUGACCCAAAAAAGGGGGCUCUUGAUGGGCUGGGUCCAUUGCUGACUGGGUUUGUGGUGGGGGCCAACAUCUUGGCUGGUGGAGCUUUUUCAGGAGCUUCAAUGAACCCAGCAAGAUCAUUUGGGCCUGCUUUGGUGGCUGGAGACUGGACUGACCAUUGGGUUUACUGGGUUGGGCCUCUUAUUGGUGGUGGGCUUGCUGGAUUCAUCUAUGAAAACUUCCUCAUUCAAAGAUCUCAUGUCCCUCUACCUAGGGAGGAAGAUGGCUAUUAGAUUUCAUUUUUAAGUCUGUUAAGUUUAAGCUUCAGCUGAUGCAGUUUGUGUUUAUGAAUUAGAACUUUUGGUUGGAUGUAGUGGAAGAGUGGGGGUGGGUUGUUAAGUGUAAUUUUGUUCUUAACUAAUAAAAAGUUUGUUAAUAGUUUAUGAGCGA